GGGGGCAGAGUUUUUGCUUAAAAAGAUUACUGGUUUUCUUUUUCACCUGACUCAUUUGGCUUUAGAGGAGGAGCCUCACAUUAAGUUUGGGGUCAUCUUUCUUGUCUCCCAUGUUCCUGUCAGUCGUGUUGUCCGGCUUUAGAUUUACUUAGUAGAUGAGCAGCCUAUGCAGAAACUCUAUUCAUCCCAGGUGAGUGGCCUGUGGUCACCUCUGUUGGAAUAAGGACAUUUUAUAGCAGAGAUGCCUACAAGUUUAUUCUGCAGAUCAUCAGCAUAGUCUUCUACAGGGGAGCCUCGCCUCACGGUGGAGGUAUUCCUGGAGUGGUGUGCUCGCAUUUUGCAUCUCCUCUGAUUUUAUUUGAUCCUUUUAGCAGCCCUGUGGAUUAUUGACCCAAUUUUUAAGUGAUUAAACUCCUAUUCCAAGAGGGUAAGCUCUUGGGAGGUGGUGUGCUUGGUGGAGUGGUGCCAGAACACAGAAUGACUUUAAACUUAAAAAACAGUGAUUUUGCCAUUGCCCCAGAAUUUUCUCAAAGGAGAAUCUUGGAAAUAAAAAUGUCUUUUCAUUAUAUUUGCAGGAAGUUAGUAAGAGUAAAGGGUCCUUUUGACUCUUAAAUAGCCCAGAAACACAGCCCUUUCACUGUUAUUUCUGGUGAUUUUGGAUCUUUAUGUGGUUACAUUUAUAGUUUUGGGGAAUGUGAAGCCAUGUGUUUUCAGAAAUCAUUGUCUUCAGUGUAAUUUAUUGAAAACAAGUUAUAUUUGCAAGAUCCUCAACAGCAGCUUAAAGACCUGCUUUGGAAGAUGAGUCAUGAGAAAGUCCCUUCUGCUGUUGCCUUGCCUGCAGCGAUGCUGUGAUAUAUGCCCUGCUUUUCCUGAGGAUGUACUACUGUUCAUGUAAUUCUAACUCUCUAAAAGGCCACCAAAGAAAAGAAUUCAGUGUUAGCCCUACUUGCUGAGAGUCAUUUAUAAUGGAAAUCAUUUUAGAAUACAGUAGUUUUUAUUGCACACUCCUCCAUGAAUCCCAUAUUGUAUAUAUUCUAUGUGUACUUCUUACAUAGCUAAUUUUAAUUAAUUCCCAUUGUGUAAACUUGUUCUUGGCACAGCCCUUCAUCAGAGCAGCCACAGAACUGGCCUCUCCUCCUUUAAUUAUAGCUCAUUUUUGAAGUUGAAUACAUAUGGGUGUUUAUAGAAAUCAGAGUCUCUCAUAACAAAACCUUUGUUUUCACAGAGUGACAUUUGUGCUAAGCAGAAAGUUUCACGAAAUACAAUCUCAGUUCAUACCUUGCAGUGUCUAAACAAGUGAGACUUUAUUUGACUUUAUUAUAUGAAGUCAGGCCUCCUGAGCUGGCAAUGAGGGCAGGUUAUUAUCUCGGUGUGGGAGCACAGGAGCGGGUAGUAACCGGCUGAGUAGGAAGGAAAUGUAAGAUGGUCUGGUAAACAAAAAUUCCAAAAUGAUCUCCCAAAGAUAUCCUACCCUAAUGCCCAGAACCUGUACCUAUGAUGAGGUGUCACUACUAUGAUCACGUCGUGUUGAUUGAAUGGGAAUCACAUGAGCUCUUAAAAGCAGAGUGCCUUCUCUGGCUGGUGGCUGGAGGCCAUCAGAGAUCACAGGCAAGAGUGGGCGUGAAGGUGGGGAAGGGUUGAUGGGAAUGAAGGCAGCCCCUGCUGACAGCCUGCAAGGAGACGUGGUCCUCAGUUGUAAAGCUGCAAGCAAUUGCAUUCUGCCAACAACCUGAAUGAACGUGGAAGUGUAUUCUUCCCCAGAACCUUCAAAAGGGGAGACCCAGAGCAGAGGACCCCAUCACACUGUGUCGGAUGAUACAUUUGUGUAGUAUUACUCCACUGAGUUUAUGAUGAUUUCUCACACAGAGAUAGAAAUCUAACACAGGUGGCAAAUGCUACCCAUGUAGACUGUAGAGGAAAGACCUGUCUUAGGAACUGUCAGAGCCCAUCACUUCUGAUAUCUCUGUGCUAGCAGUGUAACAAGCUCUCUCUUUAGCCAUAUUUUUGUGCUUAUUUUGAUAUGUUGUAUUUUCUUUGUAGAUAUGUAAUGACUUUCAAAUUAUUUUGACCAUGAUCCUUCAUAAGUAGUUUUUACAUUGAAACUCAGUUCACUCACACAUACAACUGAAAGAAAAUAUUCCCUCCAAAGAUUUAAUCCUUAUGAUGUCAGAUGUACUCAGACAUUUUAUUUCGUUUUUUAAAAAAUGUAUUUCAUGACCUACUAAAUCAGUUUCGUUACUGGUUUUUCCAGAAUUGGAAAAUCAUUACAGUUGGUUGUGCUUUUGUAGUUUUAUUUUACUUCCUAAACUUUUAAAUUCAUGUUAUUUUAAAAAUGAAUUUGUGUUUAGGAAAUACCUGUUAUGGUAAAAGUGGUGUAAUGGUUGGAAAGGGUCUCCAUGAAAAGUCAGUGUCCUCCCACCCAGGGUGCCUACUACUCUUCCAUGUUUCAGAGGAACCACUGUUAGGAGCCUUGCUAGAGAGUGUGCACGUGCCAGUGUGCACUGUGUGGCUCUCCCCUCUGCUGUUCCCCCCAUUUACCAUCACUGGGCACCAGGAGCUUGCACCUCUUAAUGACUACCUGGCAUUCCUUUCUGUCAAUGUGCCUUUAUUGACACAUUGUCCCCAAGCCUAUGGCUUUGAGGUUAUUCCAGCCCUUUGCUGCCGUAUGCGUGAGGAUGAAAUUCUAACAGAAUUGUGUGAGCCUAACAGUAUAUAUGUGAGCCUGAUGGGAGGGAAGGCAACCCCUGAGUGGCUUGAGCACAGCAGAACAAAGGUCCAGCAGUCUUUGUCAUUCUUAGGAAAUCAGAUCCGCUGGGAUUUAGGCCUAGACAGAAUCCAGGGGUUUGUUUUGGCAAAAUUGAUGACAACAUCUUACAAAGGGGGAUUUUUAUAAAAAGUGUUUGUACUGAGAUUGCUUUACAUUCCUUGUCAUGACAGGUCUCUUGUUUGAGAACCAGCCAAGAACUUCAGGAGCAGAGAGCCUAAGUUUUCUCCACACGUUUGCAUUUUCUUACUAGGAACCUUUACACCUUUUAGCAGUAACAGUCCUGUGUUUGAUCCUUGUGGAGGGAGAGGGUGCUCUUAGGAGUGGGUAUGGCACGGAGACACCUUUUCUCUUGAGGCCAGCGCUGUUCACAGCCUCCCCUAUGCUGCUCCGCCUCCUGUUCCCAGGAAGGCUGUCUCCCUGCUCUGAGUCUCUGAGUAGAGGCUGCUAGCCCUUGCUUGACUUGUUCUUGACAGUUUGACCCUGGAACAAUAUUUGAAGCUGUAAGCUUCACUUUUUUGCCAUUGUUGCAGGCCAGUGUUUUAAGUCCUCAUUGGCAGAUUGAUAGAUUUUACUCAGAUGAUGCCAGUUGCUUAGCUGCACUCUGUGCGCAUCCACAUGGACUGAUCCUGAACGCAUCCUGUGCUGCUCUUGAGCUGAUGGCAGAAGGAGCCUCUCCUGGGAGCUGACGGCCCCACAAAUCUUGCUCGUUCCCACUCUUACUGGAGGAGUCAGUCAGGAUAAGGCCUUUGUUGGCCGGGGCUCCUCCGCUGGUGUCGGCUCCAGUGUCUGCCUUCUCUCGCUCUUCUGUCACACCUUCCAGUCAGGACAUCUGCAGUUCCAGUGCAGUGUUUUCUGAGUGUUGUCACCACAGUCCCAUGCAGUCUGCUGUUGUCCUGAAAGCUUCUCAGGGCCCGAGCUCCCUGGCACAAGGGCUCACUGUGACAGUGGUCUGUAAGGACACACUGCAGGCACCAAAGAGAGAUCCCGGCAGCUCAGAAUGGGCCCAGGCCUUGGAGCCUGCUAAGAACACCAAGGCCAGAAGAACACUAAAGUUCUCAAAGUCCCUAAACGAUGUGGGCGAGAAGGCCCAGGACAUUUUGGGAAAUUUUGACUAUGUGGGAAGAACUUGCUCUGAAGGGAGAUUGAUGCUCUCUCAAGAUCCGCAUCUUAGAAUUAACAGGUUCCAUCAUAAACAAAAGAGAACACUGAAUUGCAAACCUCUUGGUCAUUCCAAACACUCUUGUGUUUCAUCCCUACUUGCCAAUCAUUCAGCUGCCUCAGAGGUGGAAGGUGGCAAGAGAGGUAUGCAUGUCCCUCUUUUGGAAGAGAAAGAGGAUGGUGAGGCCAUUUCCAGAAGCCGGCGACUGCUCAGGUACCUGUUCUCCCUCUCGUGUGGCUCAAGUGCCAGCAGCCUGCACAGGUUCCACGAGCUGGAGAGCUGUGCUGCUCACGUGCACAGCGCCAAGUCCUCCAGCGGGCGGGCAGGGAGCACGGGCUUCUGCUCUGACGACAUGGGAGAUGAUGACGUCUUUGAGGACAACACAUCCGCAAGAUCGAAGAGCAAGGCCCUGCGGGCACCCCUCUGCUCAGUGGAGAAGGACAGUGAUCUGGAUUGUUCCUCUCCCCUCUCUGAAAAAUGCCCCCCCACCUCUCCUGUGUCCCCAUCAGGGGAUGCCUGCAGGAUCUGUCACUGUGAAGGGGAUGAAGAGAGCCCUCUGAUCACCCCCUGCCGCUGCACAGGGAGCCUCCACUUCGUGCACCAGGCCUGCCUGCAGCAGUGGAUCAAGAGCUCCGACACGCGCUGCUGUGAGCUCUGCAAGUACGAGUUCAUCAUGGAGACCAAGCUGAAGCCGCUGAGAAAAUGGGAGAAGUUGCAGAUGACAGCCAGCGAGCGCAGGAAGAUCAUGUGCUCGGUGACCUUCCACAUCAUUGCCAUCACCUGUGUGGUCUGGUCCUUAUAUGUGCUCAUCGACCGCACAGCCGAGGAAAUCAAGCAGGGGCAGGCGACAGGAAUCUUAGAGUGGCCCUUUUGGACUAAAUUGGUGGUGGUGGCCAUCGGCUUUACUGGCGGACUUCUUUUUAUGUAUGUUCAGUGCAAAGUGUAUGUACAAUUGUGGAAGAGACUCAAGGCUUAUAACAGAGUGAUCUAUGUUCAGAACUGUCCAGAGACAAGCAAAAAGAAUAUUUUUGAAAAACCUGCACUCACAGAGCCCAACUUGGAAAAUAAAGAUGGACGUGGAAUCUGCCAUUCUGACACAAAUUCAUGCUGCACAGAACCUGAAGACACUGGAGCAGAAAUUGUUCAUGUCUGAUCAUGUGAAGGGAAUAGUUUUCCUGGACAUGUGUGAAUAGCUGAAGGAAAUUGUUUACUGCCAAUUGUGUACCUUUCUAAUGUGCUUUAUUAGCACAGACUGGACAGGUGACUCUUUUUAAUGGUUCCUCUUUUUCUAAGCCCUGUUUAGUGAAUCUCUGGAAAGCUCUCACGUCGGCUGUAUGUGUCUGGGUUCCACUUCUACCCACGUCUAUCGGUGGGGAGGUGGAAGACCCAAGAUGCCGCAGUAGGGAGCUGGCCUAUGGUCUUGAGCAGAAUGAGAAAAUAAAAUGUCAAACCUGAGGGAGGAGCAGGGUGGCACCAGGCCCUGGUGUGUAGCUCAUCCAGUUGGCAGCAGUCCCAGCCUGGGGUGCAGCAUUUGGGAGUGUCUGGUCAUGGUGCGAGGACUUCCCUCCUCACAGGAGAGCCUUGGAAGACUAGCUUCUUCUGCUGACGCUGCCCCUGACAGCCCUCCCGAGCAGGUGGGCUGUGGUGCUCUGUGCAUGGUGGCAGGCAAGCCACUAAGCAAACAGCACUUUACAACAAGAGAAUCUUUAUUUUAUUAUGUGUCCAGUAAGAUUGACAUUUAAACGAAUGUCUCAUUUAGAAACCUUCUUUCAUGACCCUGAUGAUCUCUUUUAUGUUAUAAUAGAUCUAAAACCUUUUCUGCCUUAUAUAUUCUAAGAAACGUGACAUCUAUUCUGUGUCCAUUAAAGGGACUUGUGACCAUAAGCAGGACAAACAGGUCUGACACUUCCACCUAACAUUUCAGGGAAUGAAUGGAUCUAAAGGGCAAUGUGAGCGUAAUUCUGGAGCUUCAAGCCUGUUUGUUUUAUGACAAGUCUUUGUAGGCCCGCCCCAAACAUUUCUUUCUUUGUCAACACUGAAAAAAGAAAGGGCCUAUGAGAUCUAAACAAAAGAAAAAGAAGUGAGCAAUUAAACCAAAACUGGGUAUUUAAAAACCAUUCUUUAGUUUGUUGCUAGCUCCACACUGAAGAGCAGGCAGGCACCGCCUGGCCCAGGGUUGUGCGCACACCAUAGGUCCUGCUGCUCCGGCCAGCUUCUGCUCCAGGAGGUACUUUAGAUGCCCAGGUAAAGAGGCAGACAGGCUGGCUCUGGGACCAGGGCCAGAGUGAGUAGCGACUGCCAUGGCCCACCAUGUUCCUGCCCUCAGCCACACCCCCAGCCAUUGGUCGCCUUAACUGUACUGAACAGAGAUGGUCUUUUAGGGGCCCUGGCCUGUGAUCAGUCUGUUCUGUCACCAGGGAUGAUCUGUACCAUUUUUCAUAAAACAACCAAAACCACUACCAUUAAAUGGCUCUUGUCCCUUGAAGAGUUUACUUAAAAUUCUACUUUUAAAAACUAGUGUCUCCACACCAGGGAAGUGAGUUAACUGCAGGAGAAGGCGAGGAGGACCGUGGGUUACCCAGAGUAACGUGGGUUUGCCUGGGUGCUCACUUACCCUGGCAGAGCUGCCUGGCACAAACUCCUUGGGGGUGCAGUGCCCAGGUGCCCUGCCCUUAGUCCUCUGCACCUUAGACUCCUCACCUGUGGUGUUGCAAGGGUCACAGACAAUUCCUCUGGCCCCGUGGCUUGUUUGGAAAGCCAGGGGGAGGCUGCAGGGUGUCUGAGCGCUGAUGGAGAGCCUGUGGUAGCAGACUCUGUUCUGCCACUUCCUCCCCCCAGAAUCCGACUUCAGGACUGCAGGUUCUGAUCUAAGGAGCUGCUCUGCCCUGGCCUUCCCCUGCCUGGGCUGCCCCAGCCACAGCCAACCCCUGAGCAUUGAUCAGCUCUCCUUCUCAAUAUCUCCCAGGCCACGUCCAGCCCGAGCCCUGGUCACUGUGCCCCAAAGUGCAAUUACCCACACCCUCCUCAGCCUGGGGACUCCAGGCAGACCAUUCACUCAGGGUUGCUGAAUCCUGGUCGUCCCCGACUCUGCCCUUAGGAGUGGCCUAGGCAAGGCCCUUGCUCCCCUCUGACAGUGGCUGUGUGGUCAGGUGAAGACGGGGUCCUUCCCUCUCCCCUGACAGAACCUCUUAUGUUGAACUUGAAAAUCACUGAGACUUCCCACAGGGGUAAAUGUGCUUGGGUAACUCACCACUGUGGCCCGCACCCCCUGUUGUUACAGAACAGGAGAGGUGCCUUGCGACCACAACUGUGCUGUUGCUCUCAUGCCCAAGCAGAUUUUUAUGUGAAGCCCUCACUUCUUUCCAGGAAGGCCUGCCACAAUCUCAUCUCCCAAGUUCCCAAAAACCCUCUGCCUGUGGGGUUCUGUCCCAUGUCCUUCUUUCCUCUCCCAGAAAGACACACAGAUGCUCCCUCGCCCUUUCUCUUUUCCUGCAGGUUCUCGUUGAAGUACCCUUGACUUGUUCUCAAUCCCAGCUCUAUCUUUUCCCCGGGGACUACAGUGUGGCAGGAAGCCCUUCACAGGUUGUGCUGUGCUGCCAUCCAGUGGGGACAGUGGGUCUGCCAGGUGUUCCCUUUAGUCUCUCACUUGCCCUCUAAAUACUUUGAAGGGUUAAUCCCCAGUUUCCCCUCAUUUUGCACCUGGCUUUAGUGGGAGGAUGGCAUUUGGCUGAACCAUAUAGAAAUGGGAUGAGCUUGCAGGUCUUGGGGCCAGGAGGGCUGGGACUUGCAGACCAGUCCAGCAGGAAAUGGAAGCGGCCCUUGGGUGUCACCAGCCAGCCCUCUCUGAUUUGGCCUUUAUUCCCCCAAGUUGCAGUAUGACUCAAGGGUUUCUGACUUCUUUGGCUACCAGCAGUAAUUUGGUUUUUGUGCCUGAGUUUAAGAAUUUCCUGAAAACUUCUUAAAGGUCUCUUCCUACUCCAGGCCUCUAACAUGUGUGUCCCCCCACCACCCCUUUUUUUUUUACUUCAAUUCACUUUCUUCAAUCUUAUGAGUCUAGUUUUCAACCCUCAAGUGUGCCCUACCUGGCUACAGAGGUGCAGGCCCCAGGCAGUUGGGCCACUUGGAGAGCCUCAGGUAAUUCCUGGCUGGUUUUGGAGCUGCUUCUGUGGCCCGGUGGUCAGCUGCCCGGCUGGAGGAGGCUUGGGAACAGCAGGGCAAACCCCUGUGAUGCUGUGGAGUUGGCCUGAUGCAAAUUCAUGUUUGAAAAAUUACCCUUUUGGAUCUGAUUUGAAAUAGACAGUUUCCAACUCUAGCCCAGGAAAGACCUAAACAGCUCACCACCUGUUUAGAUGCAGUGUUUCUAGAAAGUUGAUAAUAAAAACCAAAUUUACACUGGCAUGUGUGAUGUAGUUUCUAAAAGGCACUUAGGAAGUUUCUAGUUCUCUAAAUGUCUAGUUUUGUAUCCUUUUGUGUACGUUCACUGUUUCUCAGUAUCCCACUUGAAUAAUUCUCUGUAUGGGGCUCAUUUGUGCUAUACACGGGGUGUCUAAAUGCAGCAAUAAAGCAUUUCUUUAAAAGAA